AUGUCCCAUGAGAUAUUGCUUGUUUUAGCAGGCAACAUUUCUCCACUGGUGACAUCAUCUGUGCUCGACGGACUGGAAAAUUCGUGGCACAGGACCCUCCAUACAGCUGAACGUCAACUACUCAACCAGUUUGCAGAAUGUGGGAGACUAUUUUCCUCCAUUGACGAGCGGGUCAAGUCAACAAUGUAUGCAACUUCGGCAUUAUCAAGAAGAGAAGCUGGUAUUUCGGUGGCGUUCACGCCGUGUUGCCAGGCGGUUGUUGAGGUUCUGGAACGAAGAGUGGUGAGAAAAUACCUGAUGGAACUAGCUGAUCUGGAAAAGAGACUCCUAGGAGGAGACGUUACCUACACAAGUACUGGAGGGGCAGCGGAAACGAUUCCUUUGUCUCAGAUUCAGCUCAAAAUCACAUCACCAUGGACCAGACGAUUGGAAUAUACUCACGAGCUGCUCGACUUCUUCUACUUCUCGGACCUUUCUGAAGAAGACCGCAGAGCAGUCGACCCCAAUGACCUGUCUACUUUUCCGUUCGUUUCAGGAUCAACAAUUUACAGCAGACUUCAAUCAGACGUUCAGGUGGGCUACCCGGACUUGCAAAACUUGGUCCAGGAGUGCAUCAUCGCACUGGAGAAAUGCUGGUUAAGACAAUUUAGCAGAUGGCUCCUUUACGGAAAGCUGCCUUCUUCUUUUUCCGCUGCUCAUGACUUCAUGGUGCUCCCUGUUGCCGAUCUGGACAGGGAUGAAGUGACAGCUGAGUACGAGAUUGUCAAGGGAAGCUUUUUACAUCCUAUCUCUGAACAGUCUACUAAUGAUGCCUUGUCGGUGGGGAUGCUGAUUGCCCAGGCAAGCAAUAACAACGAUACUGAGAUGCUGAAAUCCGUCGGUAAACUAGCUAAAAGCAUCUGUGGGUACUCUGAGAAGACAAUGGCCUUUCCCAUGAAGACGCUCGCCAUUGAGGAGUUGAUCAGAUACACAAAGAAACAAGUCUACUCUAACCUUCUUGAUUCUAUCCUGCCUACUGCCGAGGUCCAAAAACUACUCACUCUGUUUAGAGGCAUUUAUCUUCUGGGUGACGGCGAAUUCAGUAUGGUCUUUUUGGAUGCACUGGAACAGAAGAAGAACGGAAGCAUAGCGUUCUCUGCAGCGUUAAACUAUCUUAUUGAUGAGAAACACAACGAGUUCUUGGCUUCAGUCCCAAAGUAUCUGUCUUACAAGAAGUCCACUUCAUAUACGUCUUCAUUCUCAGACUUUGUGACAGGAUAUCAUUACAAGCUGAGAUACAGACUUAGAUGGCCUGUUACAAUCAUUGUGUCCCCAUCUGUCAUGCCUUCGCUGAGUGCAAUCUUUGACAUGCUUCUGGCGAUCCGGAAGACCAUCUUACAACUCAACGAUUUAUGGAGACAACGAAGGGUGUACUAUUCGAGGUCGAGAUCGUCUGAUUUCAUUCUCUGGGAGUCCCUCGCCUUUGUCUACUACUUUCUGGAGUCAUACUGGGCACAUGUCCAAGCUGACCUCAUUGACUUGCGUUUCGAAAAGCUUGUGAUUGUGGCACAGGUUAAUGAUAAUCAUGACUCUGACAUUCUCGCCAAAAUCUCAGCGGAACUGGAGUCCUUUGCAUACGGACUAUACGACCUUCUCAAUCUCAACAACAGAGAAAUUGUAAAUACCUUUAAACAGUUCCUCAUUGCCUGCACUCAGAUCUACGCCGAAGUGUCUCGGACCUUCAAGGAUCAGGAGGAUAUUAAUAUCGACACAGACAAGCUUAGCAAUGUCAAGGUGCUAGCACUACGGCUCUUGGCGAUGUUCUCCGAUGUCCAACAAGAGCGUCUCGCUAGAGGUGAUGCUGCUGCAGGUGUGGAUGAACUUCUGGUCAAGUUUUCUGACUAUAGAUGA